AUGGGCCGCUACUCGGGCCGGAGCAUGAGGCUCAUCGCCAUGUGUGUGCUGAGCCUUGUCAUUUUUGCUGUUGAGAUCUCCGUAGCCUACGUGGGCAAUUCUCUUUCCUUAGCCUCAGAUGCCUUUGCUGUUCUCUCUCACCUGAUCUCCAUGAUCAUCGGUUUGUUCGGCGUCAGGUUCAGCCGCAUCAAGUGGCACAAGGACAGCACUUUCGGCUUCAGCCGAGCAGACGUGCUGGGAGCUUUUGGCAACUCUGUUUUUGCCACUGCUCUGAUGUUCAGCAUCUUCGUUGAGGCUAUCAAGAGGUUUAUCAAUCCUCAGAAGACUGAGAAAGUACUGCUCGUCCUCAUUAUCGGGGUUUCAGGUCUACUCCUCAAUGUGUUAAACUACGUUAUCUUCAUGGACUGCUGUUAUUGUCGUGCAUCCCGCGGAGACACUGAAACAGGUAAAUAGCCUCAUGCGGUUCCUCAGCGUUCCCAGCCCUCUACAGUUCUGCUUAAUGACUCUUAUAAAGACUGUUUACUGCUUCUCUGAGAUGGGCAUGUAAAACAUAGUUUUCUUCAUUCUUUUGUUAGUGAGGGUAGUGGAUUUUGUGCCUGAACCCAUGCAUGUUUCCAGU